AUGUCAGAACCCAAGCAUGGAGCCCUAGAGUCUUCCACACGCCUUGAUAUCAUCACCGCAGCUAAUGCACGAGACUCCCCUCUACUUCGCCUACCUGCCGAACUCCGGAAUCGUGUCUACGACUACGUAUUUGAUCCAAUACGAUACAAAACCUUCUGCUCGCUUUAUUACGGUCUAGAGCACCCCAGGCUUAUAGACUGUAACUGCCUGAGACAGCGAAUUCUGAUCCCGGCUACGUGCCGCCAACUCUAUGCUGAGACAGCAGCGUUGCCACUCCGCACAGUCGUUCUCGAUUUUCCUCACCGGUUCCCGGGUGUGAUGUGGACGAUCACUUUGCCAUCUGCUAUCAAGAAAGCUGUGAAGGAGAUCGUCUUUCGCAUCGCUAUGUCCCAAUAUCCCGUGGCCUUCUUCGACUAUUUUGAGCUGCUCCGCGUCGCCGAGCAUCUUCCGAAUUUGACUUGUGUUUAUCUCCGUAUAGUGGAAUUCGAUUCAGAGUCUGCAUUUGAUUCACUGUCCGAGGAGUCCAUAGCUUGGGUAGUUACGGAGCUCCAGAGCAGCUUGGAGAAGGCACAUGGAAAAGAGGUGAAGAUAAUCCGGGAACAGGGGCCAAUACAGACAGUUCAUUGA